GGCUGGUUGUCGUCCCGGGGGGGUGUAGACCGGCCGCCGCUCGGAUUGGACGGCAUUUGAUCUAGAAAAGGCUAUAAACCAAACUACCUUUGGAGAUUUUCGAAAUAGAAGAGCUCGGUUGUCCAGGAGCCGGGUGGACGAACAUAGUCGACUCUACGCUGCCACAGCGCAGGGAUUAGACGCUCGUCCCAGUCCCGGUCCCAGUGCAUGUGGAGCGGGUCCGGCCCGACCCGACCCGGCUCAGCUCGCCCGCCCGCCCGCCACCGCACAGUCAGUCCCCGCUGCACUCCGCGCCCGCUCGGGAAAUGGCACUGGAUUUCGCCGCCGGGUGCCUGGGAGGAGUUGCUGGUGUACUUGUAGGGCAUCCUUUUGACACUGUCAAGGUUCGACUUCAAGUACAGAAUUCUGAUCAGCCUCGUUACCACGGCACUAUACACUGCUUCCGGUCUAUUCUUAAACAGGAAUCUGUUUGGGGUUUUUACAAGGGUAUUGGCUCCCCAAUGAUGGGUCUGACCUUUAUCAAUGCCAUCGUCUUUGGUGUGCAAGGGAAUGCAAUGCGUCACUUGGGACGGGAUACGCCUCUGAACCAGUUCCUGGCUGGGGCGGCAGCUGGGGGCAUCCAGUGUGUUAUCUGUUGCCCCAUGGAGCUGGCAAAGACUAGGAUGCAACUUCAAGGCAUGGGUGAAUAUCAGGUCAAAAGUAGAGUCUACAAGAAUUCGCUGGACUGCUUGGUGAGAAUCUACAGAAAGCACGGCAUCCGUGGAAUCAACAAGGGCAUGGUGACCACCAUUGUUCGAGAGUUGCCUGGAUUUGGUUUUUACUUCCUCACGUACGAUUGUCUGACCAGGGCCUUAAACUGCGAACUUGAUGAUAGCUUUAUAAUUCCUAAACUCCUGUUCUCCGGUGGCAUGUCCGGGAUUGUGUCCUGGCUAUCCACCUACCCGGUCGAUGUAAUAAAGUCCCGUCUACAGGCUGACGGAGUGGGAGGGGUAAACCAGUACAGUGGCAUCAUGGACUGUGUCCGGCAGAGCUACAGGAAGGAGGGACUGCAGGUGUUUGCACGGGGUCUCACCUCCACCCUCCUCCGAGCCUUCCCCGUCAAUGCGGCCACCUUUGCCACUGUCACGAUGUUCCUCAUGUACUCACGGGCUGAUGAGGCCUGCAAGCCACAAGAGGCUGCCCCAACAAUCCAGCAGCCUUCCAGCCUCUAAAGCCAGCGUUGUCUCCCUGUUACUUAGUGCUGUGAUAACUGAAUUUUACUUGAUCUAUUUUUAUAAGUCUAGUGAAAUUAUAUUUAAAAAAAAAAAAAAUAUUGGGGUGUAAAUAUGUAAGAAUGAAUUCUUUAUAAAAUACAGCCAUGGGUUUUACUUUGAACAGAAUUCCAGCAGUUGUGUUUUGUGAGAUUACAGCUUCACGUCUUGUAUCAAAUGAAUGUAUAUAAUGUAUUUUAAUGAAUAAAAAUAGGUAGGAAAAUGUGAUUUUUAUUUUCUUCCCUUCUGCUCACCCCCCAUAUUUGUUGCAUGUACUGUAUUCGGAGCUGCCAAGUAGUAAGGAUAUUCCGUAUUUUGUAGGGAAAUGCGAUCAGAAUAAGGAUGUACGGAUUUGCUUUGUCAAAUACGGAUUUUUUUUUAAAAUCAGCCCGACUUCCUGUUUCAUCUUGUUGCUUAAAUGCAAGGAUAUUAAAAAGUCAUCCUGCACCUCUAAAAAUUAUAGCAGAUUAGUAUUUUAAAUUUCAAGAUCAGGAUGAUUAUUUUUGUAAGCUUUGAUCUGCCUGUUCCCGCUCCAGGUUUAAACAGCGCUGUCAGUUUAACACGUGGGAAUUUAAACGAACAGCGCUAUGGGUUCUAAAAAAGAACGCUCCCAGCUAGGACGCUAUUGCCGCCACACAUAGUGUUAUGGGCUUUACACAUAACGCUUUGGUCACAGACAGGAGAGGGAGUGGGAGCGAGGGAAUGGGACGGAGAGAGGGAGGGAGUGAGAGGAAGGGAGGGGGUGGGAAAGAGAGAAAGGAGGGAUAAUGAGAGAGGGAGGCUUCCAAAAUGGCUUCCACAUCAUCAUCUGGUGCUAAAAGCAGGAAGCAGACGUUCAAACAGAAGUAUACAAAGAGAUGGCAGUGAAUGCACUGUCAAGUAAGGUGUGUAUAAGACAUGUCAAUUGGUAGCAAAGUUAUGCAUUCUUGAUCUCUUACAUGGGUAUGAGCGCACAUUAAAAAAAAACACUUUUUUCAGCAAAAUGGCACUGCGUAAAAAUCCUGAUUUCCUCAGCAAAAUGCUGAUUUUCAGGUACUAGAAUAUUGAAACGCUCUGACAAAACUUGGCAGCUCUGUAUAUAGAAAGCUAGUUAACAUGGCUGAACCUGUGCUCACCUCAACAGGUGAAAGUUGUAUCUUAUUGCACUGUACACGGCAUAAUGGGGAAAUUUUAUUGGUGAUAAUUAGCUUUUAGUAUCGUGCUUAUCAUUCAGUCGCAGACACUAAAACAGACCAUAUUUGCUGCUUCAAAGGCACUUCACUGGGUGUAGAGCACUUUAAGAAUAUCCAGUAGGAAGCUACUGUAAAUGCAAAUCCUUUUUUCUCUUGUAUUUUGUAAGGUCUAAGAGCACCAAAGUUUGCUUGUUUCCCAGUAACCAGCAUUCAGGGUGGCAGACUGUCAGAGUGCUCUAUCUAAAUACGACAUUCAUUAUCUAAAUUGGUAUAGGCUUUCAGUCAACGAGUAGUACAGCACUGAAAAGGCCCUUCGCCAACCAAGAUGACCCAUCUCAUUAGUUCCUUAAAAUUCCUUAAAAUGCCUUUUAAAUGUUGUAGCACCUGGCUUGGCUAUCUCCGGCAGCUCGUUCCAUGUACGCCCCACCCGCUGUGUGGAAACGGUUGCAUCUUCUCUCACCUUAAACUCUUAAAGCCCUGUCCCACUGUACGAGUUCAUUCCAAGAGCUCUCCCGAGUUUGCCCUGAUUCCAACUCGGAGAUUUACGGUAAUGGCCACUCAUCGGUACUCAAGGCUCUCGUGGACAUUUUUCAUCACGUUGAAAUAUCUUCUCGAGUCUUCCCGAGCUUACCUGCCGUUAGCGAGUCGUCACGACUACCUGCCAUUAGCGCUAAGAGACGUCUCCUAGCUCCGACGUACCCACUACAUUCAUUCUCCGUGCUUACCGCAAGUUUUUUUUAACUCUGGAGAGCACUUGGAAUGAACUCGCACGUGGGACAGGGCUUUUAUCCUCUGGUUCUGUGCAUCUACUUUUUUUGGUUGUACAGUGUUACAACCUUGUUUGUUUGCUGAGAUCUGAUAACAAGAAUACAUAGUAUAUAGCCAGAUUUGCAGUAAUAGGCUUGUACAUUUUGAGACAGGCCAAGCUUCCUAUCCCACUACACGAGUUUUGUUCCUAUUGCGAUGUCCUUGUACCUGGUGACUUGAGUGAACUGGUACAUACAAAUAGAUUUUUACAUGGGGCCAACCAUGUUAUCACUGGGUUUCCAGGAAUCUGAGUGCACAUCAUUUUAAAGCACUGGUACCUGGAGUCAGAGUUGUAGAGAGUGGAAACUCGCCCUUCAGCCCAACUUGCCCACGCCGACCAACAUGCUUAAGCGACCUUGGUCCCACCUGUCCACGUUUGGCCCAUAUCCCUCUAAACCUUUCUUGUCCAUGUACCUGACUAAAUGCUUUUUAAACAUUGCGAUGACACCUACCUCAACUGCAGCUUGUUCCAUACACCCACCACCCUUUGUGGUUAUAAAAUUAAAAAACUCCUAUUCAAUAUUCCGUUCCCCCACCCCCCUCACUGUAAACCUAUGCUCUCUGCUUUUCCCUACUGCGGGUAAAAGAUUUGUUGCAUUUACCCUGAUCUAUUCCACUCAUGAUGUUGUGUACCUCUAUAAGCUCACCCCUCAUCCUCAUGCACUCCAAGGAAUAGAGUCCCUUAUGGCUCAGGCCCUCAAAUCCUGGGAGCAUCCUCGUAAAUCUUCCCUGCACCCUUUCCAGCUUAACAGGGUGACCAAAACUGAACCCAAUACUCUAAAUUCAGCCUCACCAAUGUCUCUUCCAACUAUAACAUGACCUCCCAACUUCCAUGAUCAAUACUCUGCCCGAUGAAGGCCAAUGUGUUGAAAGCUGCCUUGACCACCCUAUCUUGCAAGGAAACUCCUUGUUAAUUCUAAUUUAUACACAGUACAUCAAUAUGUUCUCAGUUUUGUUACGGCAUAUUGGAGAAGAAUUGUGACUAUAUUUAAAAACUGACCCCACAAGUCAGUAGUCCGACAGAUGUUAGUUGACCAGAUCAGAUAAAUGUUGGUGUAACUGGGUCCAUGUAGAUUAUUUUCCUAAUUCUUAUACUCUUCAGUGUCUACCUUGAACACCAUGCAUGCUUCAGAAUAUAAUCUGCCUUUGCCUCUUAUGGGGGUCAAAAUUGUGGUGAACUGUAAAGAUUGCAGGCAAAUUGACAGCUAGUUAAGGAAUGUGUGGAAUGACUGUGAUCAGAGUAGAGGUUCAAACUUGCCUUCAGGUGAAUGGAGCAGAAAUCAAUCUUGUUUUAAUUACAUGCGUGGGCUUCAGUAGGAUUAUGACAUCUAUGGAUUAUUUUUAGAAACGGUAAACAGGUUAUUUUAAGUGUAUAGUACACAGCAGUUUUAAGCUUUACGCUUCAAGGUGAAAAUUCAAGCUCCUGGUUUCAUCUACCAGUUUUAAUUUUUUAAAAGCAAAGGUCCAUCUUUUAAAAAAAAUUAUUGUAAUUUUUAAUGCAUGAAUCCCCACCCGGCCCAUUUUUAUGCAUUUUCUGGAAAGCAUGUUUUGAUUCUGGGCAGUUAAUGUAACAUUCAAUGACUGGGAAUGGGUAAGAUUACAGGACUUGAUCUGCACUGUAAUUUGGGACAAGUGCAAUACAUAUUGAUCCGAGAUGCUGGAUUCUCAGCACUUUCAACUAACUCCAGGACUCUUGAAAUUUCAAUGGGCAUGUUACACUUUAUUUCAGUGUGAGAGGAGAGAAAUUGUUUGUUCCUAUCACUAUGAUCAACUUUGUAACUAUUCGAGCAAAUUGCAUUUUUAAGUGUUUGACUCUGGAAACCUUGACGAAUGUCUAUAUAUUUGAAAAUGUUCCAUUUCUGAAUUGAAAAUGCAUGCUUGAUUAACAAUACAGUACAGGUUUGACUUCUGGUCAAUGAAUUUGUGCUGUGAAUGGUUCCAACCUGACUGUUUUACAGAGUACUUACUAUGUAAAGUACCCAAUGAGGACUGGAAGGGAAAAUAAAAUCCAUAUUCAGAUGAAA